AUGAGGGUUGCAGGCGUACCUGGCGCCCUUUGGUUUGCGAUCAUUGUCUGGUUUACCCAUUUACUGUCCCUGUCUGCCUCUGUCGAUGUCUACUCACGAUUUCGGGUUCAGAUGGGCCUGGGGCCAAUCACGCGGACAGACCGCUACACAGGAGGUUCAUGUGAAGGUCUUGAUGUAGACAUGCAAGCCGUCUACAAUGAGGCCAUCGAUAUGGCAGCCGUGUCAAUCGAAGCUAUUAAUAGUUAUGCCACAGAUAAGGUUAUCAGGGCCACUUUAAAAUCCUUCUUUGGAAUUCAACCGGAUUCUGCUGAUCCAACACUGGUUGCUGCUGAAAGCAUUUCUCUUCUCAAUACUGUGCGGAAUACUUUCCAAGGGAUCAUCGAUGAUUCCCAUAACACCCAUAAUGGUUUGAACCCUGGCCUGUUCUGCUCUGAUAAAUGGGCAUGGAAGACCCGAUGGCUGUAUAACAUGAGGACAGGGAGGAGAACUGGCAAGCUUCUAACAACAGUUAAAGCGCCCUCACCUCUCUGGUGGACUCCACUUUACAAAAGAUACGUUGGUGGAAUCAACAGCAUAACAUGCACAGGAACAGUUUUAGCCUACACCACAUUUGGGGAUGCUACCUCCAUCACAUUCUGCCCCCAGUCUUUCGAAUGGCCAAAACGCAAAGACAGCCUCGCCCCGUGGAAGGGAGAGAAUCCGGAGAGAAAAAUUAUGGAAGGGAAACCUAUGAAGCUUACAAUGUCGACUGCUGGGACGUUCCUCCAUGAACUAUGCCAUCUGGUAUUCAGAGAGUGCCUGGAUAAGAAAGUUGAUGGAGAGGUAGCCUAUGGGCCUGACCUCGUCAUACUUCUCGCGGCUGCAAACCCUCGUGAUGCUGUCCUGAACGCUGAUAGCUAUAGAUGGUUUGCAAAUGCCAUGUACAUUAAUAGCAUUGACUGGUCUCGAGGAAUAUCUGCGAUGAGAGACGAUAAGAAGAAGCUAGCACAGCGGUCCAACGACAGUAUCGCAAUUAACGAUGACGAUGAUGGCCCUUUGAAGCGAGGAGACAGAAUCCUUGGAGGUCCUAUAAUUCAUUCUUAG